AGCCCGCCGCAGGGAAGCGAGCCCGGGCGCCGGCGGGCGGCCGUGGCGUCUGACAGACCACUGCAGACCACGGGCGGAGGCCCAGCGCCUGUCCGCACCGCGGCCGGAAUGGCGGCGCCAAGGAGCCCCACGCAGGCAAGGGAGCGGGAGCGGGAGCGGUCUCCCGCUCCCGCCGCAGGAAGUGACCAAGUUCACUCCUGGAUGCUAGCUACAAGCCAAGCCUUAGACACUGUCUGGAGAAUGGCAAAAGGCUUUGUGAUGUUGGCAGUUUCACUUCUGGUGACUGCCGUCUGCUACUUCCGGAGGCUACAUUUAUAUUCAGGGCACAAGCUGAAAUGGUGGAUUGGAUAUCUGCAGAGAAAAUUCAAAAGGAACCUCAGUGUGGAGGCAGAGGUUGAUUUACUCAGUUAUUGUGCAAGAGAAUGGAAAGGAGAGACACCCCGUAACAAGCUGAUGAGGAAGGCUUAUGAGGAGCUAUUUUGGCGGCAUCAUAUUAAAUGUGUUCGACAAGUAAGGAGAGAUAACUAUGAUGCUCUCAGAUCAGUGUUAUUUCAGAUAUUCAGCCAGGGCAUCUCUUUUCCAUCAUGGAUGAAAGAAAAGGACAUUGUUAAGCUUCCUGAAAAACUGCUGUUUUCACAAGGUUGUAAUUGGAUUCAGCAAUACAGUUUUGGUCCUGAGAAGUAUACAGGUUCAAAUGUGUUUGGAAAAUUACGGAAAUGUGUGGAAUUAUUGAAAACACAGUGGACUGAAUUUAAUGGAAUUAGAGAUUAUCACAAGAGAGGAAGUAUGUGCAACACCCUUUUUUCAGAUGCCAUUCUGGAAUAUAAACUUUAUGAAGCUUUAAAGUUCAUCAUGCUGUAUCAAGUCACUGAAGUUUAUGAACAAAUGAAGACUAAAAAGGUCAUUCCCAGUCUUUUUAGACUCCUGUUUUCUAGGGAGACAUCCUCUGAUCCUUUGAGCUUCAUGAUGAAUCACCUGAAUUCUGUAGGCGACACGUGUGGACUAGAGCAGAUUGAUAUGUUUAUACUUGGAUACUCCCUUGAAGUAAAGAUAAAAGUCUUCAGACUGUUCAAGUUUAACUCCAGAGACUUUGAAGUCUGCUACCCAGAGGAGCCUCUCAGGGACUGGCCGGAGAUCUCCCUGCUGACCGAGAACGACCGCCACUACCACAUUCCAGUCUUUUAAGUCUGCUGGGGGCCGAACAGCAGUGCUCACCAGUGACAGUGGUCACAGUUGCAAUAAAGUAUCUCUCUGAAACCAAAGCUAGCAUUUCAGCAUGGAAGGAAUUAGGACCUUUUCUCCAGGAUUACAGGUACACUGGAUGCAGCCAUGCGUGGAUGGUUUUUCUUUAUUUUUCAGUGAUUUCCUCUGAAGCAGCUGCACUGAUAUAUUUGGGUGUUGGUGGCUUGACUUUGUCCAUAAGGGGCGUGGCCACUUCACAUGAUGGCGGGCCUUUAAGAGCACAAAGAAGUUUAAUAUGGACAACAACAGGAAAAAGCAAGAAGAAAACAAGUAGGGAAAAACGGCUAACCUGGAGAGAAGGAAUUUCUUUAACCUUUAUGUUCUUCAUUAAAAAUCUUAUCUUGGACUGAUUUGGGGGAUUUUUAGAAACAUGGCCUUAUUUUAUAUAAGCAUUACCUUCCCAGGAAUCUUUGUUGUAUAUUAAUUUUUGAUAACCAUUUGAUUAACUUUAAAAUUAAGUAUAUGUGUGUAUAUAUACAUAUGUAUGUUUAUAUACACACAUGUAUCUGUGCAUAGUUUUAUAUAUACAUAUAUACACAUAGACAUACAGAGAACCACUACUUUGUAAUACUGUACAGUUUGUUUUAUAUCUCUUUACAUUUUUUUGUUACUAUUUUAUCUGGCCAGCUUAAUAGUUUUAUUUAGAUUUUUUAAAAUUCUGUAGAUUAAAGCAAAUGACAGUUAUUGAACUAUCACAAAAAUAUUAAACUGUGGUACAUUUAAUGUGUA